AGCACUGUAUCCUCCUUUUGCUCUUUGUCCAUGCAGGAGCAGGAACUGCAGCAGGAAAAGACCCCUCAUCCUGGCAGGUUUCUAGGAGGAAGCAUUUUCUGCUGCAGGUUUGAGAAAGGGCAGGCUGGCAUGGAGAAAGAGAAGUUCCAGCAGAAGGCUCUGAAGCAAACUAAGCAGAAGAAAUCCAAGUCGGCUGAAUUUCUGAUGGUAAAAGAAGAGAGAGCAGCAACAGAAGGCAUUGAAAAUCCGGCUUUUAACAUCAGCAGCACAGAUCUUUCAGUAUAUCAGCCUUCAGAAGAGAGAGUUAUUAGACAUGACAAGCCAGAUAGCACCCUUGCAGCUCACCAACAAAAAUUCGGGCUGCAAGCCCAUGCUGAACCAAGAGGAAAUGAAUACAGCAGAAAUUACUUUGACCCGUUGAUGGAUGAGGAAAUAAACCCAAGGCAGUGUGGGAUGGAGGUCAGUGAAGAAGAUCCUGUGAAAUUUGAUGAGCAAAUCCUGUAUGAUAAACUUAUGAAGGUUCUGGAUGAAGAAAACAAGAUGCUGGACUUCCAAGCCCGUGUAGCCAGUGAAGAUUUUCCGGACUCCGUGAUGCCUGUCAGCUCCAGUAAGGCACGUGACCUUCACAGGGAGCUUGAAGAUGAAGUGAUUCCUUCAUAUAUCGAACAGUUUGAGAGAGAUGUUCAGGAUGACAUAAUUCUGCUUGGCAGCUUUUCACUGGAACAGCACCACAAGGAAGUCUCUCACCACAAGAAACAAAAGUUGCGAGCCAAGAUUCAUGAACUCUCUCAAAGAGUGGGACGUCAGUUGCUGAAAGCAGAGGAGAACGAAUGUGAAGAAGAAAUGGUAGCCAGCUUCGGUAACCUUGCAGGUAUGGAUACUGGAUUAAAUGGAGCAGCAGGACCCUGUGGGAAGGUUGACUGCUCCAAGACACCGCAGCAGAUAGAAAUUCACAUCAGAUGCCUGAGGGGAGUCAAAGAUAAGGUGCCUAAAGGCCACUACACCCUCAAAAUUUCUGUUCUUAGCCGCUUAGGUGGUGGUUUGCUGGAGUGGCCCAAACUGAAGGAGCAGCCUCAGGCCAGGACAACGCUGCCUGUUAGUCACGAUGGAAACUUCUAUAACACUGAAAUCUACUUCGGACAAAGUAUCCAGACUGUUCUACCACCUAGAAAAGCUGUGAAGCCAGGCAUGGUCCUCCUCUUUGAACUCUUCCUUCUUCGGGGGACCCAUACUUGGGUUGAUCGAGAAGUGGGAUGGGGAGCUUUUCCCUUGUGUGACAACAAUUUUAAUGCUUUGGAGGGAAAAUUUAAAUGUCCCUUCCUUAGAGGCCACUACGACUCUAAAGUUGACCGAUUCAAAAAAAUUGAAAAUUUUAUUUCACAAGACUUGGAUCAUUGGUUAUGCAAUCUCUACUUUCAGAUAAUUAAACUACCACAGGAUUCAGAUAAGCAAAAUAAGAGUGAUAUGUACCUUCAUCUCCCACCUGAACUUCUCAUGUAUUCAAGCAUUGCUGAAAAGAAUGGUGUCUCAGAGAAUGUUGAACAGUCUGGACUACAAGGGCAACCCCUGACCUCCCCAAAAGAUCCUGACACCCACAAGGGAAGUAUUCCCACUGUUAUAAAGGAAGUGGAAAAGCAGUUUAAUGCCGCGAAAGGAGGAGAAACGUGUGUGUCAGAAGAAGCUGGGAGAAAAAGAGAGGAGCUCAAAAUGCUUCCAGCAGAGGCUGAUUUUUACCAAGAUUGCCCUGGCAGUGCAGACGAGCACUGCAGCUUGUUUUGGCCUAAGGAAGACCAAGAAGGACAUCACAAGAUCAAUGGGAAUAACCCACCUGACCAGUGUUAUCAAGAAAAAUCAGGUCCUGGGAGCAAUGCAAGCCCAGAAGGAGGAAAAGCAUCUGCAGAGAGUAAUUUCUGCUUGGAGGAGUUAGAGAAAUAUACUUUUUCUGUAUGGUUCCAGCUUUUCCCUCACACUGUCGAGCUGUGCUACCAGAACUCCUUGCUGCAAACCAGUGAAGAGUUGGUCAUGGUUGUGGUGGGACCCCUAACCUUGAAUGCAGGGCUGCUUCUUAUGGUGCUGGUCAGAUGGGGCUGUCAGCAGCUGUUUGACUCAUUCCCUUCCUUCUUGUCAAAGUUUAUCAUAGCUCUGGGACUCUGGACAGUGUUAGACCCCUUGGCAGUGUUCAUAGUGGAUUCAGUCCUGGGGAGACUUGGGAACAGUGUAGAGAAACCCAUUGCUGAUGCUGCAAAACUCUACUGGGUCUUUCUAAGAGCAGAGGACUCAGGGAUUCCUGGUGCCUUAAUCACUGUGUUGGUUUAUGCAAUCCUGUUCAUCAUCUCAUCGACAGUGUUAUACCUGUACUUUUUAAGCUGGGGGAAUCUUUGUUGACUGCCGGUUCAGAAGUUGAAAUCUGUCCUGUGUGAAAAGGAAAAUGCAAUUUACAUCUUUGUCGGAUGCCGAAUUCUGCUA